AUGGCUAGUUCGUGUGUUUUAAAUGAAGAGAUUAACACAACUGUUUGUGUUUUGCACGUAGUGGACAAAGUAGAUGAACGAGAGAAAAUAAUUUUGUUUAAAGAAUCGACUUUGGCAAAAUGCAAAGAGGCUGAAUUUGUUCAUCGUUUCCGUUCCAAUUCCAAAUUUUCCCAAGUAAAACUCCCAACAUGCUGCAACGACACUGCUGGGUAUCAUGUGAAGUGUUAUUCAAACUAUACGUCAGUUAAACAGGAACAAAUCAAAGUGGCCAAACAAAAAGCUAUCGACUUACAAAAAGAAUUGGAUGAACUUCAUAAUGAUUCAGCAGAGCCUGCCCAAACAUUAGUCGACUGUGGUAACACCAAUGUCAAUUCUGGAGUUCGUUCGAUGCGUUCUGGACGUCAAGCAUCUCCCAACACACUUUUCGAUAGCAAUUGUUUUUUUUGUGGUAAAGCCCGAAAGUUUCUCAAGUCAAAAGUUAGAGACGAACUCAUUACAUAUUACUGA